CCUUCCACCAGUCAGACUGCCAGUGGGAUGAGAAAGCGGCGGUCUGCGACCUAGGUUGUACAGCGGAAUUAUCUACACAGUUUCGGGGAACGUAUAUCACAGAAGCUAUAAAUCUUUAACUAAACAGCACAUAACUCCAGAAACCAGUAAUGUUAUCUACAGCAUAUAACUCCUGAAACCAGCAAUGUUAUCUCAGGUAGAUCGAAUGUACUGUUAACGUGACAUAAUGCAAGAAGUUAUGCACGAGCCCUUCAUCGUCGUAAACUAUAGGCUAUAUGUUCCAAAACGAUUAGUUAAAAUUUGGACCAAGUUUUUACAAUUUAUUUAUAAACUAGCACGAGCAGUAGCUUCUAUAUUCAUGUAGCCCAGUCAGCAACAUAAUCUUAAUAAUACAAUUAAUAAUAGACCUACAACUCCACGUCUAAUUUCUUCGAACUGCAAGCUUCACAUACGUUUAAAUUAGCCAAGCUUAACUUUUGCCGGACAUCGCAACGUCUACAACCCUCUUCUGCUCAGCUCAUGGAUGGUAUCCAAGGGGGAGGAACGAGUUGGUUCCAACUUCGUGCCAUGCCCCUUGUGUGCUGUGUCCCCUCCCAAAAACUGCGGAGACGGACUGAGUUUGAGGUAGAAACAAAAGGGAAGAGCAGAGCAUAACUAGAGCAGGCAAGUUUGCAGAGGCUGCUGUUCUUGAAAGCGUCUCUCGUCCCGGAAUCGGAAAAAGCAAUCUGUCGACACUUCUUGGGUCUCUUUCUGGGUUCUCCACUGCUAUUAGUUGUGGAUCCCUUCAACCGACCGUGAUGGAAAACGGCGGAUCCACUCAAACAACCAGGAUGGAAAACGGCGUGAAGUCGCACCGGGAAAGGGUGUUGACCACAAACACCAUGAACCCCAACGUGAAAAAAGUUGAAUACGCGGUAAGGGGCCCCAUCGUGCAACGGGCCCUGCAGAUCGAAAAGGAGCUGAAAGCGGGAGUUUCGAAGCCCUUCUCCGAGGUCAUCAAGGCCAACAUCGGGGAUGCACACGCCAUGGGCCAGCGACCAAUCACCUUCCUCCGACAGGUUAUGGCGUUGUGCAUGUACCCGGAACUGCUGAAUGACAACAAGUUUCCGGAGGACGCGAAAAACAGAGCGCGCCGCAUCCUUCAGUCCUGCGGAGGGGGCAGCAUCGGGGCGUACAGCGCCAGUCAGGGUCUGGAGUGCGUGCGCACAGACGUGGCGCGCUACAUCGAGCGUCGGGACGGCGGCAUCGCCAGUGACCCCGACAACAUCUACCUCUCCACCGGCGCCAGCGACGCCAUCGUGACGAUGCUGAAGCUGCUGGUGAGCGGGGAGGGCAGCUCCCGCACGGGGGUGAUGAUCUCCAUCCCGCAGUACCCGCUGUACUCGGCGGCGCUGGCGGACCUGGGCGCCGUGCAGAUCGGCUACUUCCUGAACGAGGAGCGCUGCUGGAGCCUGGACCUGAGCGAGCUGCGCCGGGCCCUCAGCGCGGCCAGGGGCCACUGCCAGCCCCGGGCCCUCUGCAUCAUCAACCCCGGGAACCCCACCGGUCAGGUCCAGAGCAGACAGUGCAUUGAGGACGUGAUCCGAUUCGCUGCUGAGGAGCACCUGUUCCUGAUGGCUGAUGAGGUGUAUCAGGAUAACGUGUACGCAGAGGGCUGUGAGUUCCACUCCUUUAAGAAGGUGCUGUUUGAGAUGGGACCAGAGUACUCCAGCACUGUGGAGCUGGCCUCCUUCCACUCCACCUCCAAGUGCUACAUGGGGGAGUGUGGCUUCCGCGGGGGCUACAUGGAGGUGGUGAACCUGGACCCGGAGGUGAAGGCCCAGCUCACCAAGCUGGUGUCGGUCCGCCUGUGCCCCCCCGUCCCGGGACAGGCUCUGCUGGACCUGGUGGUGAACCCCCCCGAACCGGGGGAGCCCUCCUACGCCACCUUCAGCAAGGAGCGCAGCGCCACGCUGGAUGAGCUGGCCCUGAAGGCCCGUCUGACGGAGCAGGCCCUGAACGCGGUGCCCGGGAUCUGCUGCAACCCCGUCCAGGGUGCCAUGUACUCCUUCCCCCGCAUCACCCUGCCCCCGGGCGCCAUCGCUGAGGCCCAGGAGAAGGGGCUGGCCCCGGACAUGUUGUACUGUAUGAAGCUCCUGGACGAGACGGGGAUCUGCCUGGUCCCUGGCAGUGGCUUUGGCCAGAGAGACGGAACCUUUCACUUCAGGAUGACUAUUCUACCCCCCACGGAGAAGCUGAAGGUAGUUCUGGCCAAGGUAAAGGAGUUCCACCAGAGCUUCACUGAGCGUUACUCAUAACUGCCCCCCCUCCUGAAAAUGCCCCAGCCUCCCACCCUGCCUGAGCUGCUCCAGGGAGAGAGAGAGAGACAUCUCCCGACAUCCUGUCAGUUAAUCGGAUCAUCAGCUUCAUCGCCGUUGUGCCUUCAUUGCGUCUCUAUGUCUGUUGUGUGUUCGGAUCAGUUCAGUGCUGUGUGUUCUCCAAAUUGGUCUCUGGGUAUCUGUAAAUAGUGUAAUCGCAGUGGGUGUGUUCUCUAAAUGGGUCUGUGAGUGUCUGUAGAUGGUGUAAUUGCAGUGGUUGUGUCCUGUAAAUCGGUCAGUGAGUGUCUGUAGAUGGUGUAAUUGCAGUGGUUGUGUCCUGUAAAUGGGUCUGUGAGUGUCUGUAGAUGGUGUAAUUACAGUGGUUGUGUUCUGUAAAUCGGUCAGUGAGUGUCUGUAGAUGGUGUAAUUGCAGUGGUUGUGUCCUGUAAAUUGGUCUGUGAGUGUCUGUAGAUGGUGUAAUUUCAGUGGUUGUGUCCUGUAAAUUGGUCUGUGAGUGUUUGUAGAUGGUGUAAUUACAGUGGUUGUGUUCUGUAAAUCGGUCUGUGAGUGUCUGUAGAUGGUGUUAAUGGCUGAAUGGUUUCUGUGGUGUCUGUGUACUGUACUGUCCUGCUGAGUGACACCAAUGUGCAAGAGUAAAGCUACUGUCCCAGGAGAGCCUCACACACACACACACACACACACACACACACGUGCACACACACACAUGCACGCAAGCACGCACAGUCACACAUACACAUAUUCACACACAUACAUACACACACGCGCGCGCACACGCAUUCACACACGCGUGCACACGCACACUUUCUCAAGGAGAGGUUUCACUGAAGAUUCUCAGGGAUGUGCAGCAGCGUGUUCCAGUUUUUCCCAGCACCUAAAGGCAGAUAUUUCUGACCAUAUUUCAACCAGGUCAGAUUAAUUCAUACCUGAAAUGGAGUGACACGUCCACGUUCUUGGCUCCACUACAUUCCCUUGUAACCGUUACGGUCGAGCUGACUGGACUCGUCCCCGAAUUCAGGGCUGUCCACAGCAAUGGGUUUCCAGAAUAUCCUCUUAUGGUCCAUUUCAUUUUGUACUUGCCAUAGAUGUUUAUAUCCAUUUCACAAAGUACCCUAUAGGUUUGCUCCUCGCCCCGUACUGUUCACGAUUUUGCCAUGUUUGAAUGUGCUUUUCCUGGAGUCUCCAGCAGGGGGAGACAUUGUUUCAGUAUAGACCACAAAAUUUGUGUUAAAUGUAAUAUUCUUUUCAUAAAAAAGUCUAACUAGGGAGUUGGAAACUAGCAAUACCUAUAAUCUCUGUAUGCAGUACAUCAGCUACAUGAACCUGGUGAAAACUGGCAGUCAUGAUGCUAUGUCUCUUGGCAUUGUCCCUACUCAAAUAAACAUUAAAUAAAAAAAAUAAAAUAUGGUUUUUUUGGGUUUUUUUUUAAAGAGAAUAGCACUGUGUGUUUCCUGUUCGGACAACAAAAUGUUGUAAGUACAGUAAGGAAGGACGAAUGUAAAUUUGCACUGUAAAUGUAAAAAUAGAAAUAAAAUGGAAUUCAUAUUUGUUCUUUCUGCAA